AUGCUGGAUUCUAAGCACCACGGAGUGACCACGGUGUCCACUCACAACAAGAUCUCCUUCUCAAUCGUCGACAUACUGGACCCGAACAAAUUCAACAGCAAGAAGACGAGCGAACGCGCCAAACUUGGAGUGGCGGAUGCGGAGGGGACUAGUUUGGAAAAGAACAGCGACGCGGAAGGAGACGACACAACGGACGAUGAUGACGCCUCUGCACUCAACAAUAGCCAGCCGGUUGUUGUCGACCCCCUCAUGAUCUCGCCCCCAGCCGAGAGAAAGCACUGCCCACCCGAGGACCCGGACAAUGUGGUAAAAGACUCGACGGUCACACUGCAAGACCCAUCAACACACAGCAAGAGAAGACGGCAAGACCAGAACAAUGCCAAGCCCCGGCGUGCCCGGACAGCCUUCACCUACGAGCAGCUGGUGGCGUUGGAAAACAAGUUCCGUGCCACUCGCUACCUGUCAGUGUGCGAGAGGCUCAAUCUAGCAUUGUCCUUGAGUUUGACGGAGACGCAGGUGAAGAUCUGGUUCCAGAACAGACGCACGAAAUGGAAAAAGCAGAACCCUGGCGCAGACAGCACCAUGCCCCCAACACCCAGCCCACUCGUGAGUCCUGGCCAAGUUACAUGCGGUUCCAGCCAGGCCGGCUUCCACCAGUCCUUCCCCAAUCUCAGUUCUGGAAAUGUCAUCUUUCACACAGCUGCAGCAGCACCACUUUCAUCCACUGGAGGGCUCCUGCAUCCCUUUUUAUCUAGCGGAUUUGUGCAGCCCUCCUAUUUCAAUCCACACCUAUGA